AUGUCCGCUAAACCUCAAGCCAAGAAGAAGAAGGAGGACGAGGAGAGAAACUACGAUCUUGAGAAUGAGAUGAUGCGAAGGAGGAUUCAGACAAUUCGCGAAAUGAUCAACCUACUUGAAAAGGAGAUAGUCACUGCAGGGCUGCAUAAGGACCAUGUUAUUGAAGGAAAGAGGACAAUGCUGCAGCGACUCGAGAGAGAAAUGGAAGCAAUGGCGCUGGAGUUCUCGGAGAUCUUGAUGGUAGCCAGCAGCCUCCUCGUCUGCGCUGUUCUCGUGCAACAAGUCCUUGCCGGGCCAAAGCGAGGCAGACAUGACAACAAAAAACUUGCGGACAUUAGCCCGCCACUCGCUGUGGUAUCUGCCCCUCCCGCCGUUGCAAUCCCCACUGAAAAGCUGACUAAGUGCUUUGACGUCCCGUUUUCAGUGCAACAGCCUUGCACAGCGAAAGUGACAAUUCAGCAACCUUACGACUGCGAUGAAUCCGAGCUCCAUGAAGUCUGCACCGAACGCAUGACCGAGGUCCCCUCAGUGUGCUUCGAGACCGUGGUCAGCGAGGAGACGUACGAUUGUCCCGUCACGUCGUCUCAGAAGGUGUGCGUGAAGAUCCCGGUGUCAGAGUCACGUGUGUGCAAGCACAAGACGACCAAACAAGUAAAGAAAGAUUGCCCCGCGGUCGACAAGGUGACCAGCUGCCAGGUCUUAUCCGAUGUGGUUGAGGAUGUAUGCCUAGAAAGCGCAGUUGUCGAUGAGAAAUACAGCUGCUGGAAAACUGAGGUUCGACAAGAAUGCGAGACGCACAUGAUGACGGCAGAAAAUCAGUGUACGAGGGAGGUCCAGCACCCAGUUCCAUAUGAGGUGGUCGAAGUAGAGUACGAUACUGUCUGCAAGAAGGUUGAGAAGCCUCUUACCGUCUCCGCAGUGCGGGAAAAAAUUGAGACCGAAGAAUAUCCUUGCCCUGAGAUUGUUCACGUAAAGGAAUGCCAGCAGACCACGAAGCAGAUUCAGAAACCGUGCAUGAAAAAGGAGAAACGCCAGGAGAAUUACGAUUGCUCAGAGACUAAGCUGCAACACGUGAUAAAGACGUGCACGCGGACAGUUCCUCGUGAGAGCUACAUUUCAACCUGUACGCCAGUGAUUUCGAAGAAGUUAAGGAGACUCGGCCCCGCAAAGAAAGGUGAAGAGGAAUGCACCAAGAGAAAAGUGGUGGUCGACGAGAUAGAGUCGUACCCUUGUGAGGAGGACAUACCCGUCGUAAUUCCAAAGAUUUGCCAAAAAGAAGUCCAAGUUGACGUUGAAUCGUCCUGCGCUGAGACAGUACCCGAUCAAGCUUGCCAUAUGGUACAAAAGACGGUUCCGAAGAUAUGCACUCGACCCAAGAAGGCAGCAGAGACGUACGAGUACAAAGACGUGACUUACGAGGAUGUCUGCGGACAAGUUCCGCGGGAAAUCAAGAAGACCGCCCUCAAGAUGGAAACAAGGACCGAGACGUACCCGUGCGAGACGGCAAACUUCAAAGAAAAGUGCGUUGACGUGAGCGUUCCUGUGCAGGCAGUGUGCCAGGCCAGUCUCAUGAAGACAGUCGAGAAGAAGUGCCCUCGAACCGUGUAUCGGUCUGAAUGCUACACAUCGGAGGUGGAGGUCACGAAACCUUGCUUUGCGGAAGUGGAACACGAGGAGGAGUACACGUGCUUCGAGCAAGGCUUCAAGGAGAAGUGCUCCACGGUGCCCGUUUACGAGAUGGGCAAGUGCAAAUCCGUUGUCUCCCGGGAGCACGAGGUGCCAUGCACAAGGCCACAUGCGGUACUAGAUUGUACAAUGCAGGCUUUUCCAGUCAAGAAGACGUGCUUCAAAGAUGUUUCCGAUGUCAAAGAUGAGAUCUGCUACACGACUGGGUCGCAGCCUGAGUGUGUCGACCUCAUCAUCACAGCGUCACCGCCGCCUCAAGGCCCCGGCAAGAAGUGA